AAAAAAAAAUAAAACAAAAUGACAUCGCUGGAACCGAACGUGAAUCGCCUGCAGAAUUUCAAAAAUAAGGGCAAGGAUCAAGAUGAGAUGCGGCGUCGCCGCAAUGAAGUCACAGUGGAGCUGCGCAAAAAUAAACGCGAAGAGACGAUCCUGAAACGUCGCAAUGUUCCCAAUAUGGAUUCGAAUACAGACGAAGAUGAUCAGCUGCCGAAUACAAUCAACCUGAAGAAAUUGGCCGAAGCGGCUGCUGACUCAUCGAAACCGGAACAACAAUUGGCUGCCGUGCAGGCUGCACGUAAGCUCCUUUCUUCGGAUAAGAAUCCACCAAUUAACGACCUCAUCAAGAGUGACAUUCUGCCGAUUUUGGUUGAUUGUCUAAAACAACAUGAUCACACAAUGCUACAGUUCGAAGCAGCCUGGGCUUUGACCAAUAUUGCAUCCGGUACUUCGGAUCAGACCAAUCAGGUAUAGUUAAAUUUUCGUACU